CGUAAUAGACGUCAUAUUAUAUAGAGCCACCUGAUCCCGUCUCCAGUGUAGGAGCAAACGGAUAAAAUUGCUCGGACAGUUUCGCACAAACAGACGACAAAAUCAUGAGGACAGCUCUAGCGCUUCUGAGCCUUUUGGCCUUGUCAGCUGCUCAAGACUGCUAUGUCGGUAGGGGCAGUGCCUACCGUGGGGAUGUAAACGUCACUUCUAACGGGCUAGAGUGCCAACCUUGGUCCGUCCAGGCCCCGAACGGACAUGCCUUCACCCCCACCAACUACCCAGACGCCGGGCUGGACGGGAACUACUGCCGCAACCCGGACAGCGACGUCAGGCCCUGGUGCUACACCAUGGACCCGAACGUGCGGUACGGCUACUGUGACGCUCCGCAAUGUGACUGCAUGUUCAACACCGGCGAGUUUUACAAGGGUUCAAAGGCCACCUCCAUUUCCGGUCUGACCUGUCAGCGGUGGGACUCUCAGUCCCCUCACCAACAUGACAGAACUCCACAAAACUACCCUGAAAAUGACCUUCGUGAGAACUACUGCCGUAACCCGGAUGGAGAACCUCGUACCUGGUGUUACACUACGGACCCAAAUGUGCGCUGGGAACACUGUGAUGUCCCGAAAUGUGACAAUGCAGACCUGGGCUCGUGCGGUGAGCAGGCCAUCCAGCCCACGUUCUCCCGGAUAGUGGUCGGGUCUGUGGCCACGCCGGGGUCCUGGCCAUGGCAGGUUUCCCUCGGGUACGGCUCCAAUGGGCAGCACGUGUGUGGGGCCACGCUUAUCGCCCCUGACUGGGUUCUGUCCGCGGCGCACUGCUUCGCACAACUCUCCACAAACCCAGGUUCGUUCGUUGUGAAAGUGGGGAAGCACAACAAGGCCUCCACCGACUCCACGGAGCAGAGCAUGCAAGUCGCACAGAUCAUCGUCCACCCGCGGUACCAGCAGGAGGGACAGAACACCAAUGACAUCGCCCUGCUGAAGUUGGUCGGGCGGGUCCAACUGAACGAUUACGUCAUGCAGGCCUGCAUCACGGAGACAGAGGCGCCAGAGGGCGCUAUGUGCGUGGCGACAGGUUUCGGAAACACGGAAGGUACUGGUGGCGACAACUACCUAAAACAGGUACAACUACCGUUGCUUAGCAACACCCAGUGCAGGAGCUGGCUUGGAAGCGUCAUCCAAAGCACUAUGGUGUGCGCUGGGUACGAGGGCGGCGGCUCCGACACGUGCCAGGGAGACAGCGGCGGCCCGCUGACGUGUCCUCGCCUGGGCAAGUGGUUCGUGUCAGGGGUCACCAGUUUCGGCCAAGGGUGUGCGGACCCGCGCAAGCCGGGGGUGUACACCCGUGUGGGAUACUACAUCGACUGGAUCCUGAAGUACACAGCUAACAACUAAGGCGGCAACACACCGCAUUCAUGGAGAACUCACAUUGAACUUAAUUAGGAUGUAAAACGUUAUUUUGAAAGACUAUCUAUAAAACAUUAAAUGCAAUGUUCUUCGGACCCCAAUGCUCUCGUGUCAUUCUUUCAAGUGUUUCUAUUUCAGGAUUAUUACUGAGCUCAAAAGAGUAAAUUUUCAAUUAUUCUAUACCCGGGUACCCAAAAGCUCGUACAGCAUUGUAUCUUUGAAUUACAUUCUAACUACUUAUGUUUCCUUUUUGUUAAUU